GGGGAGAGGAAAAAAGGAGGGGAGUGUGGUGAAUCGGUGUUUCGUCGUGUAUGGGGAUGCGUUUGUAUAUAGUGCAUGUAUGUUUUUUGUAAGGAUUUUUUGCCAUUUCUUACCUUUGCCAUGCGUAACUGCAAUACAUGGAGGAAACCCGAAUAAUUUUGUUUUUCUAUCAGCCUGUUUACGAACGGAGCAGCUUGCACAGUUAUAGCCAUAUAAUUACAGCCAUAAAAAUCGUUGCAAAGAUGCAUAUUUUUACCAAAUAAUCCGACGCUGGGCUUUCCCAUCCGGAGGACGCACUGUUAUCUUCACUGAGCUCAUCGAAACUAAUAAUCCAGAGAUGGCACGGCUAUUGUUUCUGAUUAUUCUCUAUGCUCUUCCAUCUCCUGUUGUGCCCAUACAUAAUUCAUCAGCUGGAGGCUGUGCCAUUAUCCGGCCUCCCAGGGAUGGCGGGAUCCGCUACAGAGGCCUGACACAAGAACAGAUCCGCAGUGUGCAGAUCCUGCCGGUGGAUUAUGAGAUCGAGUACAUCUGCAGGGGAAACCGGGUGAUCGUGGGACCCAAGGUCAGGAAGUGCUUACCCAACGGCACAUGGACGGACAUGACACAGCACAGCAGAUGUUUGCUGCUGUGUCCGCGGGUGUGGACUUCCCUGGAGAACGGCCGGGUAUCUGUGAAGCCGCCUGGACCACCAGUAGAAGGGAUGGUACUCCAUUACAGCUGCCAUGCCGGCUUCAUCCUGGAGGGCAGAAACAUCAGCCACUGCACUAAACUGGGCAAGUGGGAUGCUCCCAAACCCACCUGUCUCUAUGACAGAAACUACACAGGAAAGAAGAAGCUGUACAUCGGAGCUCUGUUCCCCAUGAGCGGAGGCUGGCCGGGCGGACAGGCGUGCAUGCCCUCCGCUCAGAUGGCCCUGGACCUGGUGAACAACAGGAGCGACAUCCUGCCCGACUACGAGCUGGAGCUGAUCCACUACGACAGCAUGUGUGACCCGGGAGAAGCCACCAAGUUGCUGUACGACCUUCUGUACACCGAGCCCAUCAAGAUCGUCCUGAUGCCUGGCUGCAGCGGCGUCUCCACAAUCGUGGCCGAAGCUGCUCGCAUGUGGAAUCUCAUAGUGCUCUCCUAUGGAUCCAGCUCACCGGCUCUGUCCAACCGCCAGCGUUUCCCCACCUUCUUUCGCACCCACCCGUCAGCCACCCUCCACAACCCCACCAGGGUGCAGCUUUUCCAGAAGUGGAAGUGGACACGCAUCGCCACCAUCCAGCAGACCACCGAAGUCUUCACCUCAACUCUGGACGAUCUGGAGCAGAGGGUGAAGGAGGCGGGCAUCGAGAUCAGCGUUCGUCAGAGUUUCCUCACCGACCCGGCUGUCGCUGUCAAGAACCUCAAGCGCCAAGAUGCAAGAAUCAUUGUGGGGCUCUUUUAUGAGACUGAAGCCAGGAAAGUGUUUUGUGAGGUGUUCAAGGAGAAGCUCUAUGGGAAGAAGUACGUGUGGUUCCUGAUUGGCUGGUACGCAGACAACUGGUUCAAGAUCAAAGAUCCGGCGAUCAACUGCACAGUGGAGAACAUGACGGAGGCCGUGGAGGGACAUGUCACCACAGAGAUUGUGAUGCUGAAUCCUGAGACAGUCCGGGGCGUCUCAAACUUGACAUCUCAGGAGUUUAUCGCCGCUUUGAUGUCUCGUCUUGGAGGGAUGAACCCUGAGGAGACCGGUGGGUUUCAAGAAGCUCCUCUGGCCUAUGAUGCAGUCUGGGCCCUCGCUCUUGCCCUCAAUAAGACGGUGGCACCACUGAAGGCCAAGGGUCGCAGACUGGAGGACUUCAACUAUAACAACCAUGACAUUACCUCUGAGAUCUACAGGGCCCUCAACACCAGCUCCUUUGAAGGCGUCUCGGGCCAAGUGGUGUUUGACGCUCAGGGCUCCAGGAUGGCAAUGACUCUUAUCGAGCAACUGCAAGGUGGAAGCUACAAGAAGAUCGGCUACUAUGACAGCUCACAGAAGAACCUCUCCUGGUUCGACAACGAUGUUUGGAUCGGUGGUGGACCUCCGGCUGAUCGGACUGUGGUGAUUGAGGAGUACAGGUUCUUGUCUCAGAAGCUGUUUGCAGCCGUGUCUGUCUUCGCCGGACUUGGCAUCCUGCUCGGCAUCGUCUGUUUAACCUUCAACAUCUAUAACGGCAACGUCCGCUACAUCCAGAACUCCCAGCCGUACCUGAACAACAUGACAGCGGUGGGCUGCAUGAUGGCUCUGGCUGCAGUGUUCCCGCUGGGGAUUGACGGUCACCACGUCCACCGCUCACAGUUCCCGGUCGUCUGCCAGUUCCGCCUGUGGCUCCUCGGUCUCGGCUUCAGCCUGGCAUAUGGCAGCAUGUUCACCAAGAUCUGGUGGGUCCAUACCCUCUUCACCAAGAAGGAUGAGAAGAAGGAGAAGAAGAAGCAACAUUUGGAGCCGUGGAAACUCUACGCAACAGUUGGAGUGCUGAUGGCUAUCGACUUUCUGUCACUCAUGAUCUGGCAGAUUGUGGAUCCUCUGCACAUUACGAUUGAGAAGUUCACUAAAGAGGCCCCUAAAGAAGAUAAGGAUGUCCUGAUUCAGCCCUUGUUGGAGCACUGCAGCUCGGAGAAGAUGAAUACAUGGCUCGGUGUUGUUUACGGCUACAAGGGUCUGCUGCUUCUGCUGGGAAUUUUUUUGGCUUACGAGACCAAGUCAGUCUCCACAGAGAAGAUCAAUGACCACCGGGCCGUCGGGAUGGCUAUUUACAACGUUGCUGUGCUGUGCCUGAUCACGGCUCCAGUCACUAUGAUCCUAUCUUCACAGCAAGACGCCUCCUUUGCCUUUGCCUCUCUAGCAAUCGUCUUCUCUGCCUACAUCACCCUGGUGGUGCUGUUUGUACCCAAGAUGCGGCGUCUGAUAACCCGUGGGGAGUGGCAGUCUGAGCAGCAGGACACUCUGAAGACCGGCUCGUCCACCAACAACAACGACGAGGAGAAAUCACGACAGCUGGAGAGAGAGAACAGGGAGCUGCAGAAGAUCAUCCAGGAGAAAGAAGAGAGGGUAUCGGCUCUUCGUAACCAGCUUGCUGAGCGCCAGGCUCUACGCAACCGCCGCCGACCUUCCGCAGGCCAGAACCAGAACCACAACGCCCCGCCGCCUUCCUCCCAGCCGGACCCCAAGUCUCUGCUCCCCCCGCCUGGCUACCCCAACCCCACCACGGACAAUCACUCCCUCCCUCCGUCCUUCUCCAACUCCUCCAACCUGUACCCGGCUGAGAGCAAGAUGAGCCGCAACCAUUGUCACAACAGCCAGAUCCCGCUGCUGUACAAGUAGGCGAGGCGUGGGAGGGUGUGGGAGGGGAGGGGGGAGGAUCAGUCGCACAGUGUACACGUGGGACACAAACACAACGAGACACUGUGACUUUCACAUGUUUGGCUGAAGAGCACAGCGGUGUAGUGACACUGUUUUUAAAAAUACGAUGCGAAAGCACAAGAAGAGUUCACAGGAGCGCUUUACACUCGGCAGCUUCGUGCAGGAGAUCACGCAGGAAAACACCCGCCCUCACAGCUUUGAUCUCACUGUUCAACCCAGCAACAACGCCGACACAAGCACAUCUCAGACUCGCAGCACUCGAGGUCGAACAAACGGGCCGAUCUCUUCAUCGUUCCUCUCCCUCAUUCGUUCUCUCGUUCUGUUGUGGAGAUGUCGGAUCUGAAAAAGGAAAUCGUUUGUGUUCGUGUCUUUUGCUCUCCACAUUUCGUCUCUGGAGUUUGUUGACUAGACAAGCACAUACAGUAGUGAUUUAUAUUGUUCUGUAAUUUCUGACCUGUUUUGUCAUGGAGUCGUUGUUAAAAUUAUUUGUUUACUUUUUCAAGAGAGUUGUGAAACUGAAUAUUCAACAAAAGGGACAAAGCAAUGUACAGAUUUUCCUCUGAACAGCAGCUCAUAGACGAUGAUGUGCAUUAUUAAACAGCCAUAAUUUCAAAAGGCCAUUGAGCUGGGAAUGUCUUCUGUCAGGACUGUGUUCCAGUACAACACUGCAUCUCAAAACUAAAACAGUCCUUUGCUGAUGUGUCUCGUUUCUAAAGGAGAAAAGCUUGCUCGCAUUUGAGGACAAUUUUGAUAGUUUUGCCAUUUGAAAAUGAAGUUUUAAAACGUCUUUUUUGAGAUUUGUGUUGAAUCUGUUUAUUAGAAGAGAGCAGGAGUAGCCGUUGAAUAAAUCCCUCAUCCUGCUUAUGACUCUGUUGCAUCAUCCCUGCAGCUGAUUCUUAAAUUUAUCUCCAAUUUCUCUGAAGAAGAAUGUUUACUCUGCCUCCUGAAUUGAAAACAGAUUAUAUUUCUCCACAGCAGCAGAGCAGUGAGAUGAGGUGCUUUUACAAUGGCCACUUCUGUAAAUAUUCAAAGAAAGCACAGUUUUUCUUGGGAUUUUAUACAUGGGACUCUGUUACUCGCCUUUUUUAUUUUAAAGGGAUCUUCUUUUUUUAUGUUCCUCCAUAGCAGACAAUCUGGAUGGAUGAUACUUUAUGUUUUUGUACUUUUCUUUCCCAUUUUUGCCUUUUAAUAAGUUGUAAAUGUAUCAGAGAAGGAUAUGUAGGUACAGAAAUGUGACUUACUGUAUUUAUUAAGCAGUUAAUGUGGAUGUACUAUUUCAUUCAUGAGCUAUAUUCAGAUUUUAUAAAAGCAAUGAUACCUGAACAGCUUUAUGAGCAGGUGAAAACAAUACUUUGUCAGAUAUUUUUAAAGCUCUAUAUUUCAGUGUGCACUUUAAACUGAACUAAACUAUGGUUGCUCCACUUUAAGUUAUUCUAAUACAUGUUAGCUCAGGGUUUGGGGAGGGACAGUCCCAGGACAGAAAUGAAUGAAAUAGGCCAUAUUUAUUAACUGUGCAGUACAUGGAUCAGAUAGUGUAUCAUAUGAAUGCAGAUAUCAUUUAGGAAAUGUUCUAUUAUAUUGCACAUAUAUAAAAAUAUACAUGGAUUUGGGGAUAUUUGUAUUCACUAUAUCUAAGAUCAUAAAUGUUGGUAUAUUUCAGAGUAUGUGUAUGCAAAUAUAUGGGUAUCAUA